GCGAAGGAAACGAUGCAGCUUCGGCUUCUUUGAUUGGCUUGUGGAACGGCAGUAGCGAAUCACCCUUGACUUUACUAAAAGUGGAAACUCCUCUUCAGUAUUUCGAUUUGAAAAGAUGUCGCUGCCUCGGCGCAUCGGCAAAGACGAGUACCUGAAGAAAAGGAUACCCAAAAAUGCAAAGUACGACCAUAUCAAAACAAGGCUGGACACAGGAUGCAGCAAAACGAAGCACAUGGAGAGGCUGGAGGAGAUUAGGAAAAACUACAGGUAUCGAAAAGGUGAAAUCUUCAAACGAUUAAAGGUGACAACCUUUGCACAGCUGAUACUUCAGGUGGCUUCUGUUUCAGACAGGAAUCAAAGCGCGGGUGAUGAUGAGUUGGCCGACACCCAACAAGAUGGUCUGUCAAUCAUCUCCGAGGCAGACUUGGAGUGUGAGUCUGAACGUGUCAAUGGCUCACCGCUGAAGCUGCCUCUGUCGCACCAACCCGAUGCAGGAGACUGCAAGGAUAACUGUCACACAGCCAGGUCAACACUCCUCAGUGUUAUCAACGGGGUUGGAGAGCUGAACAUAGAGGACAACCCUCAGAAGGCAGCAGAGUCUGCGUCCUGCCUCACACCUGCUGACACUCCCUACCCAGACUGCCCCUACCUGCUGCUGGAUGUGCGCGACCGCGAUCAGUACGACUGCUGCCACAUCAUUAGUGCUCACAGUUUUCCCGUCGCCAUGCUGUCUCGAACAAUGAAUCCGUACACCAAGGAAGUGCUGGAAUAUAAAAACGCUCUGGGGAAGAUCAUCAUUGUGUACGAUGAAGAUGAGAGAAUAGCCAGCCUGGCAGCUACCACCAUGUGUGAACGGGGGUUUGAGAAUCUCUUUAUGCUCUGUGGAGGUCUCAAGGUCAUCGUCCAGAAAUUUCCCAGCGGAAUGACAACAGGCUGCAUCCCAGCAUCGUGCCUCUCCUCUCCCAAUUCAUUGAAGAGGAGGAAAUGCUCUGUGGCUCAGCAGCCGGCGCAGGUCGCAGAGAAACGCUGGAGGUUUACGUCGGAUGAGCUGGAAAAGAUCCAGGAGCAGAUGGAGGAGAUGAUCAUCCCCAGUUACUCAGACAGUCACCUGUCAAGUCGCACAUCAUCCAGCAGCGGCCGGUCCACAGCCUGCAGUCAUCAGAGUUCUUCCACAGCUGGGAGAAACAGCUCCAGAGUUCAGAGCAGCAGACCCUGGAAAUAACCCCCAACCCCACCUCCUCAAACAACAAGCAUACCUCCAUCAGAAAGCCUCCUUAGAAUUUGUGUUCAUGCUUCUGGCUGCAGUGUGCAAACUACUUCAAGUGGUAGACAAUGGCUCCAAAUGUUGCUGUGUUUUCACCACUAUCGGUCAUUGCGUCAUUUUAUCUACAGCUUAAAAAUAAAUGAGCUUUUUACAGUUUUGGAACAAACCAUGCAAGGAUUAGUAAGGAUCAACUGAUUAGUUGAAUUACAGUAUUGCUGUAUAGAUUGGCAGUCAAAAUAUAACCAAAAUGUUCUUUGUUGUGAUCCUUGAUGUCUUUUAUCUGUAUAAAUUACUGCUCUACAUUCGAUUUCUUUUUUUUUUUUUUUGCACAGUGCCUCAUCUGUGAAAAGGCAUGUUUGCACUCUACUUCUAAUCUGCAAAGGUUCUAACUUUAGUUUAGUCAGAUUUGGUCUUUGUAACACAGAGUGUUUAUGGGACUGAGGAAAAUGCUCUGAAUUUCUGUAUCAUUUGGGAUGUACAUAUGUUUGAACAGUCUGACCCGCUUGCUGAGAAAACCUUAGCUGUUCUUAGUGCUUUUUACCACCAGCCUUGAUAUGUGGCAGCUGUAGGUGUUUUUGUGGUUGGUGUAACACCGACUGACUGAGACUAAAGGCUGAGAAUAAAAAAGGCCUUUAGGCAUUGCUUUAAACUACAUAUUCAUUUGAACUACAAUAUUUAUGAUGUGUGGCCUUUGUGUUUUUGUCCACUGUGAUGUGUGUGAUUUUAUGUUCUAUAAAUACAUUCACACCUA